AUGGCGACAAACCCCGGCAAUUAUUCUCUUGUCAAUGAGCUUUACGCAAAUAGUAUCUUCGAUGAAGAGGAAAUUCCGAAUACAAUUGAAGUCCCUGAUGAUGAAAUAGACUUGGUCGAUGAUAUCUUGGACAAUGAUAUAGCUG